CUGCUAGCUCUGUCCUGCAGGGCUCAGGCUCAGACUCCCUCGGAGGGGCCACGGGAGGCCGCCUCUCCGGGACUUCUUGCUUCCUUUCCCACGUGUCGCAUGACUUCCUUCCCUCUGUGGGCAGAAAGGCCAAGGAGCAAUGGGUGACUGGGGCUUCUUAGAGAAACUGCUAGACCAAGUCCAGGAGCACUCCACUGUGGUAGGCAAGAUCUGGCUGACGGUGCUAUUCAUCUUCCGGAUCCUCAUUCUGGGACUGGCUGGUGAGUCCGUCUGGGGAGAUGAGCAGUCAGACUUUGAGUGUAACACAGCCCAACCAGGCUGCACCAACGUGUGCUACGAUCAAGCCUUCCCCAUCUCCCACAUCCGCUACUGGGUCCUUCAGUUUCUCUUCGUUAGCACGCCCACACUGGUCUACCUGGGUCACGUCAUCUACUUGUCCCGCCGAGAAGAGCGGCUGAGGCAGAAGGAGAGCGAGCUGCGGGCCCUGCAGAGCAAGGACCCACGAGUAGAGCAGGCACUAGCCUCCGUAGAGCGGCAGAUGGCAAAGAUCUCUGUAGCUGAAGAUGGGCACCUGCGCAUCCGGGGAGCACUGAUGGGCACCUAUGUGGCCAGCGUGGUCUGUAAGAGCCUGUUGGAGGCGGGCUUCCUCUAUGGGCAGUGGCGGCUGUAUGGAUGGAUGAUGGCUCCUGUGUAUGUUUGCCGUCGCCUCCCCUGUCCACACCUUGUGGACUGCUUUGUGUCCCGCCCCACAGAAAAGACCAUCUUUAUCAUCUUCAUGCUGGUCGUUGGGUUGAUCUCCCUAGUGCUCAACCUGCUGGAGCUGGUGCAUCUUGGCUUCCGGUGUAUGGGGCACAAGCUGAAGGCCCGGCAGGCCCGGGCUCGGCCAGGACCUUACUCCACUGCCCUGGUGGAUGGGGCUGGUGUUGGUAGUUCUGGGGACCCCUAUUCAGAUCGAAUGUUCUUCUACCUCCCCAUGAACGAGACCCCCACGUCGCCUCCGUGCCCCUCCUACAACAAGCUGUCAAGUGAACAGAACUGGGCCAACCUGAAUACUGAAGAGAGCUUGGCUCCACAGAAGCGGGGCAUGCUCCCUGGGCCAGGGCCCUUGCUGACUCAUUCCCAGGGCCCCUACCAACCUCCCCAGAGUGGAAACAACUCCCCAAGUCGCCCUAGUAGCUCAGCUUCCAAGAAACAGUAUGUGUAGGGGGCCCAAAUCUUAACCCCUACCACCACAACCUCUAAGCAGAACUCUCCUUUUCAGGGAGGAGUGGUGGGGAGGUGUUUUCUCAGUCUCUUAUCCUGAACUUCAUCUGAGUGAAUUCUCUCACUGUAGAGGGAAUGAUCUAGCCAUAAAUCUGUGGAGGCUAGCAUUCCUGUGGACUGCAGAGCCUGGCUGCUCUUGGACCUCGGGCCUCCCCAGGGACCAGAGACCUCUGAGUAGUGGAUGAUCUUGGAUCAUGGCUCAUUGACUAUUCCUGGGACCAACAGAACUUUAUCCUAUCCUGGAAAGGCCAACAAUGUUGACAGUACUGAGCCUAUAUAGACCCAGCCGUGGAGGCCCGGUGGGUCAGGCUUUCCAGAUCAUGUCUUUCUCUCCUCCUCACCCCACCCCCCAAUAUUGUUUCAUUAUGUCCAGCCUGUAGGUAUAUGGAGCGGUGGCUGCACAGAAAAAGGGACCCAUUUCUAUUCUAUGCUAUCAUGGAGCAAAAAAGGGGUGGGGGAGGAGUGUGGUGUCCCUUCAGGAUUGAGGUUUUUUGAUGUCAAAGUGAAAGGUCCUGUUAGCCUUGGUGAAUGAGCUCCUAGAUGUGACUCGGGUUUAACAAUAACCCCAGAGGAAGAGAGCUUGUUUUAUUCUGUGUUAUGUCAGCCCCCACCAAAGGGAGCCCCUCACCCACAUAUAUAUGUUGGGGCCACUGGGCCCUAGUCAGAAGCUGUGACUGCCUUGUCUGUGUCCUUACUUAGGGUUGGGUUAGCUGUGUCCUCACUCCACCCUGGAGAGAGUGAGUUAAGUCAGGGCUGGGAAAAGUGGGGUUGGAACCUUUCCCCCCCUAAUGGUUCAGUUUUUUGUUCUUCUAAAAUAAAUAGGACUUGAACAUGAGUUACAGCCUGUGUGACCUCAUCUC